CGUAACCCAUGAUUGGCUGCAGGACUUGAUAGGGCGGCGAAGCUGUUUAAAGGAAGAGAAUUUAAACAGAGGGGGCGGGAUAUAAUUUGAAAAUUUCACCGCAUGAACUCAUUUCAACAUUAAGAGGCAGAAGGUAGCUACAGCUGAUCAAGCAAUGGCUUCUCAAAACAUGGAUCCAGCCGCAGCCUCCAACACAGCAGCCUUGAAAGGCAACGAAACAAGCGGCAAUGCGCCCAAGGGUUCAGUUUCUAAAAGGCUUCAGCAGGAGUUGAUGACAUUAAUGAUGUCUGGAGAUAAGGGGAUAUCUGCUUUUCCAGAGAGUGACAACCUUUUUAAAUGGAUUGGUACAAUAGAUGGAGCACAGGGAACAGUUUAUGAAGGUCUGAGGUACAAGUUAUCACUAGAGUUCCCCAGUGGUUAUCCGUACAAAGCGCCAACUGUAAAGUUCAUCACGCCUUGCUUCCAUCCAAAUGUUGAUGAAAAUGGGUUCAUCUGCUUGGACAUCCUGAAGGAAAAAUGGUCGGCCUUGUAUGAUGUUCGAUCCAUGCUACUAUCGAUUCAGAGUUUGCUCGGAGAACCAAACAAUGACAGUCCAAUGAAUGCCAUAGCUGCUGGCCUUUGGGCUGACCAGGAAGCGUUCAAGGCCCAUUUACAUUCAACCAACAAGAAUUAACGAAGAUCAUCCUGCACUGUUUCCUCAAUUAUUACCUGUAUUAUACCUAGUCAUGUUUUGUCUUACUUUCUUGUCUCGUCUUGGCUUCAAAUUAUGUAAAGAAAAUGUCAUGUGUCUGUACUAUAUUUUUAUGUUGUUAAACUGUGAAUAAAGUUGUUGGAUACACUUCAUUGUUUUUGUCAACUGAUAUGGAGCAAUAAGUCAUUUACAAGGGAGAGGGCUGACCAAGGCUAUUUAAGAGUGUGCCAAGCCUUGCAUAUAUUGUUAACAUUACAACUCUUUUUUUUUUUUUUUUGUGUGUAUGAAUAUUGAAAAAUGAAUAUUUUCUAUGUAUGAAUAUUCUUCAUAUUCUGUUCACUUUUGAGUAUGUGCUUGACUGUUGGGGAAAGCAUUAUCUGCCAUAUCAUUUUAUUGUAUUUUCAAUGUAUUUAUUUUCCUCUUUAUUAAAAUGUCCACAACAA